UUUAACACAAAUGAGGGACAUUUAUACCUCCCUGCACAGAUCAUUUAUUGUCUUUAAUUUUAUUUAUUCAUAAUGUCACACACACUGAAAACUCUCGAUCGUUUUUAUUCAAUUUGAUAUUAAAAUGACAAUCUGAUUUCUUCCUCAAACCGAACAUGUUGAGAUGGCGCACGGGAACGUCGGCCAUUCCAGACCUACAUGUAAUAUGCCACACAUACAUGUAAAGAAUUAAUGAUGAACGGAAGUACAAAAUGAAGUCUGAUUCAUUACUGAUAAGUCAGUCUGCUCAGGAAUUUGAAGCAAAUAUUCUAAGACAUGUAUUUGACGAUAAAGAAGAAAGCUUUUUAGCCAAUGUAAAUGACUUCGAGGAGGGAAGAUACUUUAUAAAGACAGAGUUUCAUAAGAAGUUUGUGGAGGCAAUAGAGGAUAACAGAGCAAAAAAGACUACCUGGAUCUAUUUGAAUGGAAUUGAAGGUUUGGGGAAGACAUCAUCAGCGAUUUACUAUAUUUUAAAGUGUCGAGAAAAUGAUGACCUCUCUGUUCAUUAUGUUGAUGUAAACGAAAUUGAAAAGCGAGAUGAAGAUUUGGAAUUUUUCAUCGCUCAUUCAAAAAAGUUCAAAGAUAAUGACUGUAUUAUUGUUGAUCAUUUAACUCUCUAUAAUACACAUUAUCUAAACAAGAUGAAGAAGAUUGUGGAACGACAAGUUAAAAGACCAAAGUUUAUUCUCAUUGAAACAGGCUUCACUGCAAGUGCACAUAAAUUUACAGAAUUUGGAAGAAAAUUUCAGCUUGAUGAGGACUCCUUUGUAGAUAUUUGGAAGGGGUCCUUGGAGUACUUGAUCGCCAAAAAAGACAGGGAGGAUGAGAGUUAUGAUCAUAGACUUAGUCUAAAGGAAAAAGGAAAGGAAGUGUAUAAUGAGUUCUCAAAAGAAUACAUAAUGACGCCCAGAUUAUUGAACAGUGUUUUGGAGGAUAUGUACACGAGAACAGAUGGAACAGUGGAUGAUGCUUUUGCACAGUUCACAAAAGAAAAACAACACAAAAUCGCAAAUUGUAAAAGUUGUGAAAGUCCUGAGUAUUCCAGGUUUCAACUUCACACUGCUGUUCUGCUCAAUUUCAUUCCAAACAAAAGGGAAAUUAUCAUGAAAUGGGAAGAGGCACAGGAAUUUAGUAUAGGGAUCAACAUAUUUGAAGUUCAGUACUACAGAGUCCAAGCUGAGGAUCUACAAAGUAACCUUGAGUAUGCAAGGAUGGAUUUGGAUGUUGGUGAUCGUUGUGUAAAAAUUCGACAUUUAAUUCCAAACUUGGCAAACUGUUGGCGACGAAGGUUUCCGUAUCAUUUGGAAGAGAUGAUUCACAAUGCAAAAAUUAGUUCUGUUAAAAUGUUGCAAAUUAUGUUUCAGAAUGGUGGAGCUAGAAAGGAGUUUGAAAAAUUGUUUGUUGAGUCUCAAAAAAAGCAAGGAGUACUUCUGCCGGAAAGGGGUGGUAAUACAUUGUAUCAGCCAUCACAGACAAAACAAGAAGUGUCACAAUCAUCUUGGAAAAUGAAAUAUAUUCCUGCUAAAAACUUCGUUGAAUGUUACACAAAAGACCUGUCUUUGCACUAUCAAGAUGUACCGAACAAUCUGAAAGGUCAUGAAAGAAAUGUUGCCUUAUUUUCUCUUUUUAUUAAACACUAUGCAAAGUCAUAUGAUAGAUUUUUGGUAUAUCCAAAAAUACCAAAUUUUAUGGGAAUAGAUUACUUUGUCUAUUAUACUGACUCUGAUGAAAAGGAAGGGUGUUCGUCAGUAUCGUCACCUAAAAGGGUCAAAGUUGAGGAAAAAACAUUGUAUCUUGUUCAAGUGGCAACUGGUGCUAUGCAUCGAGGUGAUACAAUUGGUCAAGCUUUAAAUGUGGUGAAACAAAUUUUUGUGAAUGAAAAUGUUGCAGUUCAUGUUGUUGUUGUUGUUGCAAGUAAGAACCAAGAAUCCUUUACAUUGACAAAGUGUGCAUUUCAAGAGAUUUCUGUGCUGGACUUAGGUGAAACUGAAGAACUCCUUUUACAGCAAAACAGCCUCCUGCAUCAAUUUUAUUUGGAACUUGUCAGGUCAUCAGAGGCAGAACAUGUCUAAAAAUAGCUCAUUAGCUGAUGAUAAUAAUUUUUGGGAGGGAAUUCAGAAGUUCGAAAAUAGAGUCCAUCGUAUUCCACCAACUUGGUUUGCUUUUUUUGUCAUCUUUUAUCAACAAUUGAACACAAUACAAGACUCUUCCUUCUGAUCAGAUAUCUUCUGAACAGUUUGUGAUUUUGUCUUUCAUACGACAGGUUUCCUGAAUAUCUUUUUGAUGUUUAAAAUUUAUCAAGAUGAGAUGCACUGAUGUAGCUGUUCAAGAGUGUCUGAAUGGGAAAUUUUUUACUUUUUAAGGUGGUAUGGGACACUUCCAUAUUGUGACGUACUAUUUAUUUUGGUACUAUUUAUCAAAAUAAACAAUGAAAUUGAGUGUAAUUUUCUACCGGAAAAUAUUUUCUUUCCCAAAAUUGUCAUCUAACAGCGUAACACAGUAGGUUAGAGUGUUCACUGCAAAUCUGUAAGUCAUGAGUUCGAAUCCCACUUGGGAUUGUAAAUUAUUUACCUUUACAAAAGUCUUAGGGCCUCUCUCUUCGGGCACCCUAUAGUGAUCAAUCUGUGUCCAUCUGUCCGUUCAUCCGAGAUAUCUUCUCCUGAGAAUAACUUCUCUCCCCUUGGCCCAAUCUGGCUUAUACUUCGCCCAGAGAUUGUCUUUGAGUAAAAGGAUAUGCAGUGACCUUGAACCAUGUUUCUAGGUGAAAGAUUAAUGAUGUUUGUAGGUCAAGUGUCAAGGUCAUAUAGGGAUCACACAAAAAUCCUUUUUCAAGAGCAUACAUGUAUAUACUCUCCACUUACCAAGGCAAUGUGAAGGUCAUAUCAGAGAUCAGUUUUAGACUGUAGUUUUUUUCCCCAUUUGCUUAAUCUUGCUCAGACUGAACAAAAAAGCCUGUGUGUAUGUACAUAUGUAAGGGGUAAUGAGAUCAAAUUAAAAGAUCUAUAUCAGCCAGAAAAUUUCUAAGUUAUAGGUCAAGGUCAAAGCAAAAUUAUCCAAAAUACUUUACAUUUUAUUGGCUGUUAUUUAAGCGGGCCCUAAAUGGUCACCAUCUCAAUGUUGUCUAGUUUAAAUAUAUUUUUUGGUCAAUUAUUGUAAAAUUUGAAAAUUGGUGAAAGUAUUUUGAUUAUAAUGUAACCUUUAUUCAAAGUUGAAAUACUUGCUGUUAUUUAUUUGAGAAAAAAUAUGAGAUGCACAUACAAUGUAUAUAUAUGUAUUGCUUUUAUUUCAAAUAUGCACACUUAUUUUUUUAGCCAUUUUUAGCAUUUUCCCAGUCCCCCCCCCCCCCCCCCAUUAAUAUUAAGCAUAAUUAUUUGUACAUACUGCUGUUUUUACAAUGCACUUUUGUAUUUUAGCUCACCUUAGCUGAAUGCUCUAGUGAGCUUUUCAGAUCACCUUUUCUUCUUGUGUCCAUCUGUUUGCAUACCUAAUGUAUUGGCAACUUCUCUAUGGAACAACUGGUGUAGUUACUAGUAAUCAACCAAAUUUUGAACAAAGGUUUUUAGCUCACCUGAACCGAAGGUUCAAGUGAGCUUUUCUGAUCACCGUCGUCCGUCCGUCCAUCUGUCUGUCCGUCUGUAAACUUUUCACAUUUUCAUCUUCUUCUCCAAAACCACUUGGCCAAUUUUAACUAAAUUUGGCAGAAAGCAUUAUUAUUUAAAGGAGAUUAUAAAUUGUAAAAUACAAAGGCCAAACCCUUUUCAAACGGGAAAUAAUCGUGAAACUGUGAAAAAAAAGGGGGGGGGGGUCUUUUAAAAUCUUCUUCUCAAGAACCGCUGCACCAGUAUUGCCAAUAUUUAUAUGAAAACUUCUAUAUAUAAAGCAGAUUCUAAAUUGUAAAAAUAAUGACCCCCAGUCUAAUACUGGGACCCUUAGAAGGGUUCAAAGUAUGUGUUGUAAGCGUGUUUUGACUAUGUGUUUAUUUAUUUACGAUCGGGCUCGAUAUUCUGAAUUACGAAAACAAGGCUCUGUACUAACUGCCAUUUUGAAGAUGAAUUCCAAUUUUGAUUAAAGAAAAGUUUAUGAUUUGUCGAUUAAACUUUAAAGCAAACAUUUCUAACAAACAAUGAUAUUAAGUAAGAAUAUUUUAUGAAAUACUGGUAGAUCGUAGUUCCGAAUUCAGUUCUACAAUAGACUAUGCCAUUUGUUUUUACACCACGUUUUUUAGAUUCUUUUGGUGUUUAUACUUGAAGCUUUUUAAUUUGUCAUUGAUAAUUGGAAUAAUUGUUGCGUAUUUUUCGUGUAAGGUAUAACGAUCAAAUCAAACAAAUAGGUUAACCAUGACCUUGGUAUAUAUGAAUGGUGUCGAUGUCAGAGAUUUUUUUUUGCAAUGAAGGAUUAAAAUCGGGGUUAGAUAGCUUUUCUGCAGACGUUCAUAUCAUGAUGAUGCUACAUUUUGACAUGCAUAAAUUGAAAUAAAAGAAAUCGUUUUUGUUUUUCAAUGUUUUGUCUUGAAUAAUUAAUUUACAUGACUAUUGCAUUAGAAUGAACAUAAUUUAAAUAUUUUAAGCUGUGAUAGAAGUCAAACUAUGUUAAAUCUACUUAAUAUGUUAAAUUGGCAGGCCGAUCAACAUCAAAAUUGUUAGACUGAUUUUGUUGAACCUUUUAUUUUAUUAAUAAGUAUGAACUAUAAAGAACAAUAUUAAUAGUUAUAUUAAGGUUCUCGUACAUUGCUGAGGAUCGGAGAUCGUUUAAAAUUAAUAUACACGCACACACACACAACCAUAUAUAUAUAUGGCAUGUUGCUUUGCUACUAUCUGUCAGUCGGUCUUCCAACAGUUUCCGUUCAUUAUCUUGGUAAACAAUAAAAUACAGAAAAAAAAAUCUGACCAAAAUCGUGACCAUGCCCCUUCAAAAACAUAUCCCGAAAAACAUAUUGUGUGGGGUAAAAUAACACACUCAUUACAACUCAUACCUACUAGUAUCUAAAUAUCCUGACUAUAAUGUGCUGAAUUAUAGGGAAUACACUAUAUGGGCCUAACUGUCAUCUGCAUACAUUUCCUCAUAAGAAGUGGACAGGCAUCAUCUUCAUUCACUUCUCUUCGCAAACCCUCACUGAUUCUGGAAAUGUGUAAAUGUUUUGAUUCUGGAAAAUGUGUAAAUGUUGAAACGCUUCGACCCAUGUUUCGACACCAUGCAGUUUCCCUAAAUUUUCGUAACAGAUCUAUAAUUUAAUCCACAUUUUAAACAUUAAAGCACACUUUUAUCCCAAAAAAUCAACAGUAAUCAUUUUGACGUUUACACGUUUUCAAGAAUCCAACAAGAGAUGUUGUGAAACACUAAUGCCCCCUCCCUUGGAUAUACAUUAUAAGGUGCAUAAAUCCUUAUCAUGGGCAGCAUACAUACAUGAACUUAAAAUCAAAAGGGAUCAUCUACUGGUAUUAUCAGAGAUGCAUCAACCUAUCAAGUAUGAUGUCUCUAAGUUAACAUAUUGUGGACUUGUAUCCCAGAUGUGUCUAAUGAAUAAUACAAGUUGAGUUUGAAUUUUGGUUCCGGUCCAAUGAUUUUUGACAGAGUUAUGCCUCAUGAACUUAGAAAAAAAUUAAAAAUUCUCAGUUUCCGCUCUAACUUUUGAAGGGAUGCAUAUAUAAAGCUGAUAUUUCAUAUAGGUUAUUUACAAUUAAAUGGCUAUUGUUGUUCAGGUGAGUGAUGUGGCCCAUGGGCCUCUUGUUUUGUAAAGGACCAGUCAUAGAAAAGAUAAUUAAGUUAAAAUGAUAAACCUAUUUUGAUUGGAAAAGUUCCUAUAAAGAAAAUGUGGAAGAUAAUUUUUAGACAAUUGUGGAAAUUAAUGUGAUAGCAAGUUGUGGAAAUUAAUGUGAUAGCAAGUUACUUGUUUUGUGUAAUUGUAUUUCAAUUUUACUUGUCUUAAUUUCUUUUUCAAGCAAAUUUAAGUUGUACUGACAUUAUAAGCUUUUAAAAAGGUGUUUCCCAUCUAAUUAUACCAUUUACUUAGAGCGUAGGAAUACCUUUAUUUUGGCAAAACAGGAAGCAAAUUAAAACGAAGAAGUAUUUAAAGAAUGCAAAUUUAAAUUUUACAAUAAAUGUUGUAAAAGUUUGUAUGGAAAUAAUGUGUGUUUAGACAUGCCAGUGUAUUUUAUUUUACAUAAAUAGUAAAGCUAGUAAGCAGUAUGUUUAAAGACAGGUUUUUUUUUCAUACAUAACAUGAAUUUUUUUUUUACUGAGAACUGUUUAGUGAGUCUAUCAUUUCUACUCUAGAAUUACAUUUACAGAUUUUUAAUAUUUUUUCUUUGUACUUUUAACUUAUUCAUGUUUUGUAUGUAUGACGCUGGAAUACAAAUUUGUUUAGGAUACAAGUAGUGUUCAUUUUAACAGCUGACAUUGAAUAAGUCAAAGUACUGAGUACUGACGGGAGUUGAUUUUAUUGAUAAUUAUUCAAAACAACCAAAGUAAUUUCGCAUGGCAAGUAGUUUCUUUGUGUUUGAAUUUUCACAUACAUUUUUAGCUCACGAAACAAAGUCAGGGGGAACUUAUGCUAUACCUUGGCGUCCUGACCUGGUUAAAGUUUUUGGUGCAGGAUAUGUAUCUAAGUAAUUACUUGUCCUAUCUUCACCAAACUUGCAUGGAUGAUGCAUCUGGACCUACUUAUGGACUAGAAAGACUUGGAUGCUGAAUCUGGGCCAUGAAUUUCAGAUGCUGGAGGAGGUUAAGGUUUUUGGAAUAGGUUAAAAUGUUUAGAGCAGGUGCCCUUUGAUGGCUAUAUCUAAGCUACUGCUGGUAUUUCUUAACCAUGCUUGCAUAGAUGGUGUGUCUCAUUAUACUAUGCACUUGACAGACUUGAUUGCUGAAUCUGAGCCAUAAGUUUUGGAUGCUGGAUGAGGUUAAGGUUUUUGGAGCUGGUUAAAGUUUUUGGAGCAGGUGCCCUUUGAUGACCAUAUCUUAAUUAGUUACUACAGGUCCAAAUCUGGCCAUACUUGCUUGGAUGGCAUGUGUUUUGAUACUGAUGCACUUGACAGGCUUGAAUGCUGAAUAUGACCCAUAGUUUUUGAUGCUGGAUGAUGUUAAGGUUUUGGAGCUGUCACAUGUUUAUGUAAAUGAUUACUUAUUCAAAUUUCCAUGGUUGAUUUUACUAUGUAAAUGAAUUACGGAGGAAGCUUCAAAUACAGAAAGUGAUCUUGAUUUUCUAGAUACUUAGCCUUAGGCAGGUUUAACAUUUUAUAACAACUAAAGUUGUGUUUAUAGUGUCUUGGAGAUGGUUACAAAAUGAAGUAAAUUCUGUUCAUACUUUAAUAGUCAGACUUGAACAGUAAAUUAACUAUGGGUGUGUAAAUAGAGGUAGCUUCAGAUGCAGAGCUUGAUCUCGAUUAUCUUGAAGCUUGAGGAAGUGCAAGUUUUUCCAAGUCGUUAAAUACAGGUCCGAUUGUUUAAAAAAAAUUGUACUGACUAACUUUCAUGGUUCAUUUAACUUUGGAUAUGAGACAUAAGGCUAGCUUCAGAUACAGGGCCUGAUCUCCUUUAUCAAAGAUGCUAAGGAAACAUUGUCCUAAAUCACUCAAACAUGCUUAAUUGAUAGAUGUGCUUGUUGAUAUUUAUGAUAUAUAUUAUCAUGAUUCCUAUGAUAUGAUAUUUUUAUCAUAUUAUAUGAUAUUGUAGAAUAUAAUAUGUUUUUAUACUUCUGUGAAUAUUUUCUAUGUAAAAUUACAACAAAUAAACAUGAUAUUCUA